AUGGCUGGGCCAAAUCAAUCAACUCCAACACCCGCGGUCGGCUGGGACCAUGACCGGGAUAUCGACCGCAGUCCGGACCUCUCCGAUAAGUCGGAGGAGCCUAAGCUGAAGGAUUAUGAUCUGGAGAGCCAUGGUCGGCGGCGCAGUUCGGGUCAUGUUCAUGCGAUCGAUUCCUCGUCCACGACGGAGAGUGUCGGACGCCAAAUUGAGAUGGAGUCGGAGAAUACUAUCAAGUACCGCACGUGUAGUUGGCAAAAGACCGCUGCUCUGCUUUUCUCGGAAUACAUCUGUCUGGCUAUCAUGUCCUUCCCCUGGUCUUAUUCCAUUCUGGGCCUUGUCCCAGGUUUGAUUUUGACGGUGGUGAUUGCCGGUAUUGUUCUGUACACUUCGCUGAUUACCUGGAGAUUCUGUCUGCGACACCCAGAAGUCCGCGAUGUGUGUGACAUUGGCCAGUACCUAUUCUGGGACUCCAAGAUCGCCUGGUGGGCCACAGCUGUGAUGUUCCUGCUGAAUAACACCUUCAUCCAAGGUCUACACUGCGUCGUAGGCGCCGAGUACCUCAACACCAUGUCGAACGGCGCCGUCUGCACAGUCGUUUUCUCCCUAAUCGUGGCGAUCAUCUCAUUCGUCUUCUCCCUCCCCCGAACAUUUAGUACGCUAUCUAAGGUAGCAACCCUGUCGGCAUUCUUCACUUUCAUCUCAGUCAUUCUUGCCGCCGUCUUCUCUGGUGUUGAGGACCACCCGAAGGGAUAUACCCCAGCAGACGGCGCCCCAAUCUUCUUGGCCCUCCCUCCCAAGGGAACUACCUUCGUCCAAGGCAUGAACGCUUUCUUGAACAUCAGCUAUACAUUUAUCGGCCAAAUCACUCUCCCCAGUUUCAUCGCGGAAAUGAAAGAACCCCGCGAUUUCUGGAAGUCAGUCACCGCAGUCACAAUCGCUGAAAUCAUCGUCUUCAGUCUCGUUGGCUCAAUCACCUACGUCUACACAGGAACACAGUAUAUGACCGCUCCAGCCUUCGGUUCCCUCGGCAAUGACUUGUACAAGAAAGUGUCAUUCUCAUUCAUGAUCCCAACAAUGAUCUUCCUAGGCGUUCUGUACGCCUCCGUCUCGGCUCGCUUCAUCUUCUUCCGUUUGUUCGAGGGAACCCGUCACAAGGGCAAUAACACAGUUGUCGGAUGGGCUGCUUGGGCUGGAAUCCUUGCUGCAUUGUGGGUGAUGGCUUGGAUUAUUGCUGAGGUUAUUCCCUUCUUCUCGGACCUAUUAUCGAUCAUGAGUUCGCUUUUCGAUUCGUUCUUCGGUUUUAUUUUCUGGGGCACGGCUUAUAUUCGUAUGCGUGCUGCGGAUCACGGGCCGAGGUUCUUCAUGGUCAGGGGAAUCCGAGGCUGGUUGGGAUUCAUCUUCAAUGUUUUCCUUAUUCUUGUUGGGUUCUUCUUCUUAGGACCCGGUACUUAUGCUUCUGUUAUGUCUGUCAUAACCAGCUAUAAAGAAGGUACCGUUGGUGGUGUCUUCACGUGUGCCAGUAAUGCACUUUAA